GCUUCCCAAUGCAUGGACACGGUGGGUUUUACCAGCAUUUUUUGAACCAGCAUUUCCUGUGUCGGUGGUUUUCCUAAUACGCUGUCUUGCCUGCAGUUGUCCUGCUGGACUCCAAGGAAUCACAGGCGGAGCUGGGCUGGACCUCUCACCCAUCCAACGGGUGGGAAGAGAUCAGCGGCGUGGAUGAGACCUACAAGCCCAUCCGCACAUACCAGGUGUGCAACGUGAUGGAGCCCAACCAGAACAACUGGUUGCAGACGGGCUGGAUCGCCCGGCGCGACGGCCAGAGGAUCUUCAUCGAGCUCAAGUUCACUCUGAGGGACUGCAACAGCAUCCCUGGCGUGACCAGCACCUGCAAGGAGACCUUCAACCUGUACUACGUGGAGUCUGACUCCGACCUGGGCUGGAGCGUCCACGAGGGGAAGCACACCAAGAUCGACACCAUCGCUGCUGACGAGAGCUUCACGCAGGGCGACCUGGGCGAGCGCAAGAUGAAACUCAACACUGAGCUCAGGGAGAUUGGGCACCUGAACAAGAGAGGCUUCCACCUGGGCUUCCAGGAUGUAGGAGCCUGCGUGGCGCUGGUCUCCGUGCGAGUUUACUACAAGAAGUGUCUGAGCACGGUGCAGAACCUGGCGCUGUUCCCCGACACGGUGGCAGAGACGGCCUUUGUGACGCUGGUGGAGGUGCAGGGCACCUGUGUGGCCCAUGCUGAGGUGGAUGUGGAUAACCCCCCUCGGAUGCACUGCAGCGCAGAGGGAGAGUGGCUGGUGCCCAUCGGGAAGUGCAUGUGCAGCCCUGGCUUCGAGGAGAAGGACGGGGCAUGCAGAGCUUGCCUUCCAGGGUUUUACAAGCUCUCCCUCCGUCUCCCUCUGUGCUCUCCAUGCCCUGAGCACAGCUUCACACAUGAGGAAGCCUCCACCUUCUGUUUGUGCCAGACAAAUUACUCUAGGUCUCCUUCAGACCCACCAUCUGCCUCCUGCACACGCCCCCCCUCAGCCCCCCGGAACCUGGUGUACAGCCUGCGCCAGAGCUCGCUGGUGCUGCACUGGAGCGCCCCGGCCGACGCGGGCGGCCGCAGUGACCUCACCUACAGCCUGUGGUGUGCCCGCUGCCCUGCAGGGCCACCAGGGCGCUGCCAGCAGUGUGGCACCAGCGUGGGCUUCGUGCCACAGCAGACGGGCCUGGUGGAGCGCACGGCCACGCUGCUGAACCUGCUGCCCCACGUCACCUACACCAUCCGCGUGCUGGCGCUGAACGGCGUCUCCGCUGUCAGCCCGCUGGGAGGGCAGCAGUAUGCUGAGGUCAACGUGUCCACUGGGCACACAGAGCCAGCUCCUGUCACUGACAUCCGCACAGACAGAGUGGAGCAGAAGAGUGUCACCCUGUCCUGGCAGGAGCCAGGCCUGCUCACUGCUAAUGGCACCGAGUACGAGGUCAAGUACUUUGAGAAGGAUCAGAGAGAUCAAAGCUACUCAACUGUGAAAACCACAUCAACGGCCGUGACAGUCAAUAACCUGAAGCCUGGUACCCUCUACAUUUUCCAAAUCAGAACAUCUUCCUCUCCAGACUACAACCCUGGCAUUGAAGUGGAGACAUUGGCAGAGUUGACAGUGGCCUCCAGUGAGCAGAGCCCAGUGCUCAUCAUCGCCGUGGUGGCCAUCGUGGGGCUGACGGUGCUGCUGUCCCUGGUGCUCGGUGUCAUGGUCUGGAGGAGGCAGUGUGGGUACAGCAAAGCCAGCCAGGAUGGGGAUGAGGAGCUGUACUUCCACUUUAAAAUUCCAACCAGGAGGACAUACAUUGACCCCAGCACCUGCGAGGACCCCAUGCAGGCUGUGCACCUCUUUGCCAAGGAACUGGACAAUGCCAGCAUCAAAAUUGAGAGGAUUAUCAAGACAGGAGAGUUUGGGGAGGUGUGCCGGGGGUGCCUGAAGCUGCCCAGCAAGCGCGAGCUGCCGGUGGCCAUCCGCACGCUGAGGGCCGGCUGCUCCGAGAAACAGCAGCACUCCUUCCUGGCCCAGGCCUGCACCAUGGGCCAGUUCGACCACUCCAACGUCAUCCGCCUCGAGGGGGUCAUCACCAGAGGGAGCACCAUGAUGAUAGUGAUGGAGUACAUGGGGAAUGGCCUGCUGGAUGCCUUCCUCAGGAAACAUGAGGGGCAGCUGACAGGCACGCAGCUCAUCUGCAUGCUGCAGGGCAUUGCCUCUGGCAUGGCAUACCUGGCAGAGAUGGGCUAUGUGCAUAAGAGCCUGGCUGCCCACAAGGUCCUCGUCAGCAGCAGCCUGGCAUGCAAGAUCACAGGGUUCAGACAGCCUCAGGAAGACAAGAUGGAAACCAUCUUCUCCACGAUGCGUGGGAAGAGCCUGGUGCUGUGGUCAGCCCCCGAGGCCAUCCAGUAUCAGCACUUCAGUCCUGCCAGCGACGUGUGGAGCUUCGGCAUCGUCAUGUGGGAAGUGAUGUCCUACGGGGAGAGACCCUACUGGGACAUGUCCCACCAGGAUGUGAUGAAGGCUGUGGAGGAUGGGUUCCGCCUGCCAGCCCCUGCCAACUGCCAGCCUCCUCUGCACCAGCUGAUGCUCAACUGCUGGCAGAAGGACCGCAGCCAGAGGCCCAAGUUCUCACAGAUCCACAAUGCCUUGAGCAAGCUGGUGCAGAGCAUGGAGCCCCCAGAGUGCCCCAGCUCCACGUGUCCCAGGUCCCAUGGCACCUCCAUCCCCCUCUCCAAGAGAACCUUCUCAGCCUUCCCCUCGUUCAGCUCCGUGGGGGAGUGGCUGGAAGCCAUAGAAAUGGGCAGAUACAAGGACAACUUCACUGCUGCAGGCUACUGCUACCUGGAGUCUGUGGCCAGGAUGACAGCCCAAGACAUCCUGAGCCUGGGCAUCACUCUGGCAGAGCACCAGAGGACCCUCCUGAGUGGGAUCCAGAGCCUGCGGGCCCAGGUGAUCCGGAUGCACGGCCGGGGCGUGCAGGUGUGACACUGUGUCUGCAGCCCCUGCUCCUGGGGAGGAGAGACCUGCUGGGCCAGCCAGCCCCACCUCUGAAUCCUGGGGGUCUCAGGUGGGCUGUGGGAGCUGCUGGGUGCUGCCAAACGCGUGGUGGGAGAGCAGGGCUGCUGUCCCCUGUGCCAGCCCAGCAUCCCCAGGGUGGUGCCUGGGGGACGUGGCUCUCCCCAGGGCUGUUUGUAAGAUGAGUCAAACUGUAGUGAUGCCAUUUCAUGUGGUAGUUGAGUUCACAGGGUGGGAUGGACCUUUUUGCACUGUCUUAAUCCAGAGCCAACACUUCUGUAUCCAGUAUCCUGCUGGUGAAUCCAUGGGGACUUUUAUACAGCCUGACAGAUCACAGCAACCCCACAAGGAGUUUUUAUUGCUUUUAUAUUUAGAGAGCAGCUCUCACCCAAUGCCCAGCUCCUGGAAGGUGACUUUCCCCAUCUGUGCUGAAGGAAACUCUUUCCCAGUUGCAUCCCUUCUGCUCCAUGAGCUACUUCACAGAGUUUGACACCUCAGUUGGUGAACAAAACCAAAUAUUCCCCAGUAAAGCACAGAGGAAAUGGUGCUGGCUGCAUCCAUGCAAUCCACUCUUUAUUUUGUGAGCACUGUGCUGCCUGCCUGGCAUGCUGGCAGCUCCCAGAGCUGCAGCCUGAUCCCUGAGAAGACAUAAAUAGCAUCUUAAUAAUACAACUUUCCUUGAGGUUUGUUAAUUAAAUGGGUAUUUGCGGCUCUGUAUGGAGUUUUGUAAGGUUUUAUUGUGAUCUGUAAGUGUCUCAAGUGAAUUAUUAAUGCUGAAAGGCAAAGAUUUACAUAGGGGUGAAGGCUGUAGGAAAUGCUCAGAGUCUGGUUGGAAGUCUGCUCCAGUCAGAUGCUGCUGCUAGGUGCUCUGAGAGGAUGAGGAUGUGAGUGAGGAUUGAGUGCAGGGCCCCUUGGGGCUGGCAGGGUGAGGGCUCUGCCCAGGAGAGUGCUGCAUAUGCUCUGGGGAAAACAAGAUCUCUGCCCCCUCUGCAGUUCAAACCAUGCUCCAUCCCCAGAGUCUCUUGGUCAGUGUUUUUAAGAGAAAUCAUUUCUUCAAGUCUGGCCCAUUCCAGUCAGGUUGGUCACUUGCCAUCCCCCUGUUUCCCAGCCUGAGGACAGAAAUAGCAGUGACCCAAACCCUGCAUUUAGUGAACUGCCUGAUCCCAAGGAUCAAGUGCAGUUUGUGUGCUCUGUGUUUACACUUUAUCUCUAGAGAAUGCAUAUUACAGCUCUCUAGGCAGGGGUUUGAACUAGCUUGGUUCUGGGUCUCCUCUCCCCUCUCCCUGCUGGUGCUGCCUGUUGGGAUGCAGGAGCCAUGCUGGGAAGUUGCUGCUGGUGGAGCUGGUUCAAGGAGAUCUGGAGACAUCUAGGGCUUGGUGGUGAGGUGACAGCGUGCCUCAGUGUCUUGGUUUGGAAAGACAGGAGUCUGCUGAUGAAGGCAGGAGCC